ACCUGCUUAUUUUCUCCAAGUUUGUAACGGUUUUGUUUUGUUUUGGUUCGUUUCGAAUUUAAAAUCGUUCUUGUGUCAUUAAAAAACAAGAACGAAUCCAUUAUCGCUUUUUUUGUAUUUAUGAUUAAAAACAUACACAUUACAUUCACGAAGAACUAAAAUUAUGGGUGCACAAGAAAGUAAAGUCGAUCAACCCCCCAAAGAAAAUGUAUUAAAAACACCUACCCCCAGUGAAAGUGUUCCUUCUUCACCGAUAUUAACCCCCUCGGAUCCGCGAUCACCAAGUGCAAAUAUUGCACGAACGCCUAUGGAGGCUAUUUUGGGAUCAAAAUCGAAAGAAGAUGUUCCUGAUGAGGCACAGCAAGACACUUCUGAACCAAACGAUGUCGUUAAUGUGAUUUUCGGUAUUGAUCCUAGAUCUCCAACAGUAGAAUUCAACAGAACCCCUAUAAUCGUUGGUGCUGUGGCUAAGGAAAAAUCAACAAAGUUGCAGAAUAAAAAUUUGGACAACGUUCGCAAGUUGGAAAUUCAAACUACUCCAGUUACAACUAUAAGAAAAUCUUCAAAUAUUGUUCCAUCAAAGUUAAAGCAUAGUCCAGGUUCAGUUGCUUCCGAGAACAAACGAAAAUCUUUUGUGGGUUUGCUUGAAACAAAUAUUGAUUUUACAGAAACCGAUUUAGAUGCUGUUUGUCAAGCUAAAAAUAUACUGAAUCAGAGUUUGCCAGUUGCACUAGCCGAAGAUGUGCCUUCUAAUAAAUUAAAAGAUCAGAUGGAGACGUUGCAGAUUGCCAGUGCCUGCACUACAGAGCUUUCUAAAGAAUUGAAAGAAAACGACUCACAAAGUGAAGACAAAGAAGUUGAAUUGCCUAAUGAACGAAUUGUGGAAGAAAAAGUUGUGAAUGUUACAGCUCAAGUUAAGGAUUUUGAUAAAAAACUUACUAAUUUAAUUUACGAAGAUGAUAGUGAAGAGGAUAAACUCACUCUGAGAUCUACCAAAGUUAAAGAAAAUAACCGCACGCCACUAAGUAUUAGAAAUAUGAAUGACGACCCCAAAAGAAUCAAAAACAGGCUGAAAGUCAGUGAUAAGUCAAGGAAAACCGAAAUAAGUAAAAUCCCUGUUUUUAAAGACAAUCAUAGAAAAAUUGGAGUCCAGUGUGAAAAUACGCCUCCGACUAAAUUUGAGGAGCCACAGUACAAACCUAAAGUAUCUCGUUGGGAUGCAGAUAAAACUUUAAUUAUCUAAUUUAUUCAGUUAACAUGUUUUGUUUUUUUUUAACUUUUAGAUUAUGCUGAACUCAGUAGCUGUAAAUGAUUCUUUAUGCCAUUAUUUAUGUAAAUAGAGGUAGUUUUUUUACACUUGAAUGUGAUUUAAAAUAAGCAGCCUGUAUUCAAACUUAAUAUCGCCAAAGUUCAAUUUGUCUUUUGCAGAAAUAAAAGGUUUUUGAUUGAAAUCGUUUCCAUUAUUUAUAAUCUCGUU